AUUCUGGUUAUUAUCGAAAACAUUAACAUUUAUUCGAUGACAACAAAUCCUAUUGAUUCAAGUGUUAUUAAAUUGACAACAAUCAAAUCUUGUUAUAAUAAUCAUCAUAAUAAUAAAAGUGUUGGUAGAAGUGUAUCCAAAACAUUGAACAAAUCAAAAACGAUAAUAAAAACAUCAGCAGCUGCUACAUUGGCAGCAAUAACUAUGGCCAAUAAUGCUUGGCAUCAUCAAUAUCAUCCACAUCAUCAUCAACAUCAUUUUCAUCAACAUCAACAAUAUCAACAACAACAACAACAACAGCAACAACAACAACAACAACAUCAAUCUAAUAAUUCUGUAUUAGCAGCGGCCGCUGCUGCUGCAGCAGCAGUUUCCUGUACCGGUAUUGAUCCUUAUUCAAUCAAACAAGCACAACAACAAUUUCAUGAUUAUCAUCACAUGUUAAUGUCAUCAUUUACAACGGUACCCCCACCACCACCACCACCACAGUCUAUAAACGCACCUUAUCCACAUCAUAAUCAUCAUCAACAUCAUCAUCAUCAUAAUAAUAAUUCGCAUCAACAUCAUUAUACUGGUUUGAAUUCUAACAACAAUAACAAUAUUAAUAAUAAUAAUGAUUUGAAUAUGACAAAUGGAAAUCUGAAUCCUUUGGAUAAUAGUUCUUUAAAUUCUUCGAAUAACAAUAAUUCUACAACAGUUUGUAAUCAUUUGAAUAAUAAUAAUAAUAAUUCAUCGUCACCAACAUCGAUGACAAAUUCACAGUCAUCGAAUUCAUCGAUGGGAAAUCAUCAUCAACAACAACAGCAACAAAAAAUAACCGGAAAUAAUACAAUCGUUAUUGAUAAUAAUAAUAUGGCUGUGAAUGAAACAAAUCUAUCAGUGAAUGGUAAGCCAACAACAACAACAUCAUCAUCAUUGGCAUCAUCAUCAUCGUCAUCAUCAUCACCGGUACCGUCUCCAUUAUCGCCAAAUUCUCAACAACAACAACCAUCAACAACAAAUUCAGUGACUGCUUCAGUUAUUACAUCAUCAUCAUUAUCAUCUACAACAGCAGCAACAGCGGUGACAACAUCAUCAUCCACGUUAUCAUCAGCAACAAAUAGUGCUAGUGCUAUUAAUAAUCAUCAAUUAAAAGUAUCGAAAAAUUCUUCAACAUCAUCAUCAUCAAUACAACCAUCGAAUAUGGUUAAUAAUGCUACAAUGACAAAUAAUAAUAAUGUGAUGCAUCCACCAGCAAGCGUACCGACACAUCAUAAUAAUCAUAAUCAUUAUCAAAAUCAUCAAAAUCAAACAUCAUCACCAUCAACAUCAUCCUCAUCAACAUCGAUAGCCACUAAUACUAAUCAUAAUAAUAAUAAUAAUAGUAAUUAUUAUCAACCAAUGAAAGAUACAACAUUUACAAAAAUAUUUGUCGGUGGUCUACCAUAUCAUACAACCGAUAAAUCAUUACGACAAUUUUUCGAAACAUUCGGCGAUAUUGAAGAAGCUGUUGUUAUUACCGAUCGUCAGACGGGUAAAUCUCGUGGCUAUGGAUUUGUGACAAUGGUGAAUCGUGAAUCGGCUGAAAGAGCCGUCAAAGAUGCCAAUCCAAUUAUUGAUGGUCGAAAAGCAAAUGUCAAUCUGGCCUAUUUAGGUGCCAAACCAAGAAAUGGAUUCCUACAGAAUGGUUUUCCAUUUUCAUCAAUAGCCAGAAAUGCCAUUGCAGCUGUAUCGACUGGUGGCCCUUAUCCAACAUUUCCAAAUUCAAGCGGUACAGCAUUUGGUCCUGGAUCACAAUUUGGAUUUCCCGCUCAACCACAUAUAAUGUAUCAUCAUCCAGGAUCAUCAGCAUUAACAACUGCAACUACACCACCGGCUGCAACAUUUUUACCAUCAGCAACACCAGCCGGUUUAUUAUUAACACCACCAAGCGCUUUCUAUUCGGAUUAUGGUUUAGCUGGUCCUACAACAGCAUCAGCAGCUACAGCAGGACCAAAUGGUCCAUUUCAACCAUCGGGUUAUCCACCCGAUUCGGGUACGAUAUUAACUACAUUUUUAGCGCCAGCAUUUGCUGCACCACCACCACCAUCGACAACUUCCGGUCAUCAUCAUCAUCAUCAUCAACAGCAACAUUAUAAUAGCACAACUGGCGGAAAUCAUCACCACCAUCAUCAUCAUCAUGCAGCAGCACAACAAGCAAUGGUUGCUGCAGCAGCAGCAAAUGCGUUAGCCGGAAUAUCUGGACCACCACCACCACCGCAAUCAUCAACAGCCGGUGGUGGAUCAUCAUCAACAAUAACGCCAACAAAUUCAGCAGCAGCAGCGGCAGCUGCAGCUGCAUUCUAUUUAAAUGGUCAACAUACAACCAAUGGAUUUUUAACCGGUGUCAUUACACCAUCAUCAUCGAAUGCCUAUCUAAAUGAUACGAGAAUUGGAUAGUUUUCACAAAAGAUUAUAAACUUGAAUUAUUAACAUAAUUACCAUCGAUUAUGAUUGACCGUUAUAAUUUUGAAUGAAUCAUUGCAUAAGCGUCAAUCAUUUUUUUUUCUCUUCAUAAAAAAAACACAUACAAACAAACAAA